AUGGGAAAGACGAUUAGUUUGUAUGGUUUUCCUACUGUUGAACCUGCAGAAGACAUAAAGGAAUUUCUGGAAAAAUACUCUGGUGAAGGAACAGUUGUAGCUGUUAAUGUUGCAGAAACAAAAAGUGAUGGGUCAAGAACAAAGGCUAUCGUUCAAUUCACAACCAGUGAAGCUGCUAAAAAAAUAAAGCUCAAGUCCGAAGGCUAUGAACGUCUAUGGUAUGGGGAUUCUUAUCUGAAAGCUCGGUAUGCGAAUUAUGAUAUUGUUCCAAUGGGAAGGGCCUUUCAGACUCAGCACAGCAUGGACGACAUAACACUGCACUUCGGAUGUCAGGUUUCAAAGGGAAAAUUCUCAGUUCUUUGGACUCAGGAAAAUGUUUCGGUAAAAUUUGGUUUUGGACUGAGGAAAUUCUACUUCUUUCUGACGUAUAUUUCCUCAAAUUACAAGCUCGAGUUAUCAUAUGAGAACAUUUGGCAGAUUGAGCUGCAUCGACCUCGUGGACAAACUAAGAAAUUUCUUCUCGUCCAGAUGCUCGGAGGCCCCAAGAUAUUUAAGAAAGGCACACAUAACCUCAGCUAUUUUAAGGAAGCUAGCGAUGAUCAGUGGAUCCGAGAUGUUGAUUUUUCUCCGUCUUUCUGCAUUGGUCAAUCUUCUGCUUUGUGCUUGGAGCUUCCACGCAGUGGCCAACUUCCGAAUUUUCGGGAAAAUUUUGUCUGUUAUGCAGAAGAUGAAGGUCGAUUCAUUCUGGAAGCGGGAUCAACUUUCUGUGGCAAGUCAGAUCUCGUUCCCAUUUUGAGUGCAGCUCAAGGACUUGAACUGCCAUAUGACAUUGUGUUUAAAGUCAAUUCCUUGGUCCAGCACGGUUGUCUUCCUGGACUAGCACUUGAUGCAAGUUUCUUUCGUUUGAUCGAUCCAUCUAGAAUCAAGAUUGCAUACAUACAACAUGCCCUUGAGAAGCUGUAUCAUUUGAAGGAAUGCUGUUAUGAUCCUGCACGGUGGCUCCAGGAGCAAUACCGUAAAUACCUCAGCACUGGCAGACUUCCUACACCACCUGCUGUUGCUGUAGAUGAUGGAUUGGUGCUUGUACGUAGGGUUCAGAUAGCCCCUACUAAAGUGUACUUCCGUGGUCCAGAGGUGAAUCUCUCCAAUCGCGUUUUACGCAAAUAUCCUGAUGAUAUUGAUAACUUUCUUCGAGUUUCUUUUGUUGAUGAGGAUCUGGAUAAACUUUUUUCUACAAAUAUUUCUCCACGAACAUUUUCUGCAAUUGAGGGGAGGCAAACCAAAAUUUAUCGAAGGAUACUGUCAAUUCAAAGAAAUGGCAUAGUUAUCGGACCUAAGAAGUUUGAGUUUCUCGGUUUCUCACAAAGUCAAUUACGAGAAAGUUCUCUUUGGAUGUUUGCUUCUGGACCUGGGCUUACAGCAGCAGAUAUUAGAGAAUGGAUGGGUGAUUUUCGUGCAAUAAAAAAUGUAGCCAAAUAUGCUGCAAGGCUUGGUCAGUCUUUCAGCUCAUCGAGGGAAAGUUUCAACGUUGAUAGGCAUGAAAUAGAAACUAUUCCUGAUAUAGAGGUUAAAACUGAUGGAGUCAAAUAUGUAUUCUCUGACGGUAUUGGAAAAAUUUCAGCAGAAUUGGCAGAUAGCAUAGCUAAGAAAUUUGGGUUUAGAAGUUAUACUCCUUCAGCCUUUCAGAUUAGGUACGGUGGGUACAAAGGUGUUGUGGCUGUUGAUCCUGCUUCAUCGUGGAAAUUGUCAUUGAGGAGAAGUAUGUGCAAGUACAAAUCAACUAACACUAGCUUAGAUAUUUUGGGAUGGAGCAAGUAUCAGGCUUGCUUUCUCAAUCGUGAAGUGAUCAAUCUUUUAUCUACUCUUGGGGUUAGAGAUCGAGUUUUUGAAAGGAAGCAAAAGGAGGCUAUAGCUCAACUAGAUGCUAUUUUAACCGAUCCAGUGAAGGCACAGGAGGCACUUGAGUUGAUGGGUCUGGGAGAGAACACAAACGUUCUGAAGGAAAUGCUUAAGUGCGGUUAUAAACCAGAUGCAGAGCCAUUUCUUGCAAUGAUGCUGCAAACAUUUCGUGCAUCGAAGUUGCUUGAUUUGCGUACGAGAGCAAGGAUAUUUGUUCCAAAAGGAAGAGCAAUGAUGGGAUGUCUGGAUGAAACCAGGACGUUGGAAUACGGUCAAGCAUUUGUCCAGUAUUCUCGUGCUAGACACAGGCAGCUCUGUGAUCAUUUAAUAGGUGGUGGAUCAGAUCUAGAUACUAAGGUUUGCAAGGGAAAGAUAGUUGUUGCAAAAAACCCCUGUCUACACCCAGGAGACGUGAGGGUCUUAGAAGCUGUGGAUGUGCCGGCGUUGCAUCACAUGGUGGAUUGCAUCGUUUUUCCCCAGAAAGGAAAGAGACCUCACACAAAUGAAUGUUCGGGCAGCGAUCUAGACGGAGAUGUUUACUUCGUGUGUUGGGACCCUGAUCUUAUUCCUCCACGGAAAUUUCCACCCAUGGAUUAUACUGCAGCAGAAGCUACAUUUUUAGAUCAUGAUGUUACAAUAGAGGAAGUUCAGGAGUAUUUUACAGAUUACCUACUCAACGACAGCUUAGGGAUCAUUUGUAAUGCUCACACCGUCUUUGCAGACAAGCAGCCUCUCAUGGCAAAAAGUAAAGAAUGUAUUGAGCUUGCUCGGCUAUGCUCAAUCGCUGUUGACUUCCCCAAAACUGGUGUCCCAGCUAAAAUUCCUCAAGAACUACGUGUCAAAGAAUAUCCAGAUUUUAUGGAAAAGCCUGCAGAUAAAAGUACGUAUGAAUCCCAGCGCGUACUUGGAAAACUUUUCCGAGCUGUAAGAGACAUCGCCCCGGACACAAGUCCCAUAAGGUCCUUCAGCAAGGAAGUGGCAAGGCGGUCUUAUGAUCCUGGCAUGGAAGUUGAUGGAUUUCGGGAUUAUAUCGACGAGGCUUUCUUUUACAAAAGUGAAUAUGAUAGCAAGUUGGGGAACAUGCUCGAAUAUUACGGGAUCAAAACUGAGGCUGAAAUAAUCAGUGGUUGCAUCAUGAGAGUGGGAAAAUCUUUUGACAAGAGAAGGGACUUCGAUGCUAUUAAUUUUUCUGUAAGAUCCUUGAGGAAGCAAGCUAGAGCCUGGUUCGACGAGAGCGACUCCGAGGCGAGCCCUGGUGAUCUUUAUGCAAAAGCAUCAGCUUGGUACCAUGUCACAUAUCAUCCCAGUUUCUGGGGUCGCUACAAUGAGGGAAUGGAUCGAGUUCAUUUCCUCAGUUUUCCCUGGUGUGUUUACGACAAACUUAUUGAAAUUAAGAAGGGCACGGCAUCACAGGGAGGGGCUUCAUAUUUGUCCUCACUGGUGCACCAGUUCAAUCGAAUGUUGAGCUUUAAUGUAGAGAUUGGGGACUAG